ACACCAGUUCUAUCCCUUGGUGGAGAUAAACUGCUCUGAGGAUCUGCGCCUGUUUCUGUGCAGUAUGUAUACGCCCAUUUGUGUGCCGAACUGGCCCUACCGGCUGACCCCGUGCCGAUCACUGUGUGAGAGUGCUCGAGAUGGUUGUAUGCCUGUCAUGGGAACCUACGGCUUCGGUUGGCCCGAACGAAUGAAUUGUGACCUGCUACCAGAAGGGAGCGAAUGCGUUAGUCGGCGCAAUUCGACAGUCCCUUCCGGGAAAAAAAUACCAUCAAGUCGAAUUAAUUCAAACGAGGCCGACAAAUCGUCGCGUGUUCACGGCAAAAAAACAAACACAACCAUCAGUCUUGUACAGGAUAUCCUGACUCUACUGAGAGAUCGAUAUCAAUCACAAGGAUGGAAGGUCGGUUGGGAUCAGAACAAUGACUUAGAGGAUUUAAAACAAAGCAUGGUACAAAUAAUGAAAAGUACUGAGGGACGUUCGGAAGGACAACAAGUAUUUUGUCUUCCUUGCCGAUGUCGGGAUCCCUUUGUUCCUGCUCACAAACCUCCAUACAAUGAAGUUGUUACAGGUGGAGUAACUGGCUGUCUUCCCUCCUGUCGGAAUCCGGCAUUCAAUAGUAAAUCGGACCGAACCUUUACAACAUUCUGGCUUGGACUUUGGGCUGUUCUAUGUAUCUUAUCUACAAUGGCCACGGUUGCAACAUUUUUGGCAGACCCAGGACGUUUCCAGUAUCCAGAACGUCCCAUCAUCUAUCUCUCAGCCUGCUACCUGAUGGUCGCUCUAGGCUAUCUUAUACGCGUCGGCAUGGGACAUGAAUCAAUCGCCUGUGACGGUCCAGUGCUGCGAAGGGGAUCAACUGGGCCGGCACAAUGCAGUAUUGUGUUUCUUCUGACCUAUGUCUUUGGAAUGGCUUCGUCCGUGUGGUGGGUGAUACUGACAUUGACUUGGUUCCUGGCAGCCGGAUUGAAGUGGGGCAGCGAGGCGAUUGCCAAAUAUUCACAGCUAUAUCAUUUCCUGGCCUGGUUUUUCCCCGGUGCACAAGCCAUUUUCGUUCUCAUCUUGUCUGCAAUUGACGGAGAUCCUGUUGGUGGAUUGUGCUACGUCGGAUCAACAGAUUUGAACUUCUUUCGCGUCUUUGUGCUGGCUCCCAUGUGUGUGUAUUUGACGCUAGGAACGAUAUUUCUCAUUGCAGGUUUUGUGGCCUUGUUCAAAAUUCGAAGUGCGAUAAAACUACAAACUCGUGGGCAUUUGAAAACCGACAAACUGGAAAAGUUGAUGAUUCGGAUCGGCAUCUUCGGAGUUCUCUACACCGUGCCUGCCACAGUAGUUAUCGGAUGUAUUUGUUACGAGCUGAUCAGUCGAGAAGCUUGGAACCGUAACCACAAUUGUCCGUGUUAUCCUUUGCCUCCGGUGGACGGCUCUUGGAAGGAUGGAGAACUGUUUAUGCAAAAACUUCGAUUGUUGAUGGAAACUUCUGCAAAUAGUAAAGAGAGCACUCAGCUGGAUAAGUCCUCCUCAAUCAGCACUAUGGGCCAUCCAACUAGCGCUACGUUUUCAACAACAAAGCAACCCGAGCAUGCCGUUUUUAUGCUCAAAUAUUUCAUGUCUCUCGUAGUUGGAAUUACCUCCGGGUUUUGGAUCUGGUCUAGUAAGACGUUAGAUUCGUGGAAAUUUUGUCUUCGGAGAACUUUAAACAGAUCGUGUACGUCUAAAAAUAAGCGCUCCUUAAGUGGGACCUUUCCAUCGGCUCUAGUCAAUAUCGGAAACAUGGUCCCGAAUAAAGCUACGCCUCAAAAUUGGAACCCGGCUCAUGGCAAAAUGUGGAUGGGAAGUGCUAUGAAACCAAUGGGGAUCAACAACAGUGCUGUCGGUACCAACAGCUGUUCCACCUGGCAGGACGAUUUCGGUCCGACCGCGAGAUUGUUACCACAACCCCCGCAAGUGGUCGGCAUGAGCUGUAAUCAUCCCAUGGGAUUGCACCUGGGGUUCAAUGGGAUGGUUCCUGGUUCUGGUGGUUCGCUUUCUGUCCCGGGUCAGACGACAUCAGUAAUGACUGGUCUGCAAACGAACUCCGGGUCGUACGCAGGAGGUCCAAUGGAUGGAACCGGAAUGAAUUCCGGCAGUGCUUCAGGCAUGACUGCGCACACGAAUUCAGAGGCGAACAACAAUUUGUUGAUGAUGACCACAACCCAGAUGACACAUAUGUAGGAACACGCAGGAAAGCGCCCUUACUCUUUGCUCAUCCAUAACGUACUGCAUUUCUAGAAGGCCAGUUCAGCCGGAAUAAAUAUGUGAAAUUUCCGAUUUUCGCACCAAUAACCUCACGAUUGCUAGUUUCUUUUUGAGCUGCAACACACUCGGGACCGCUGAACCGGUUCGCUUUGUACAGAUAAUUUUUGACCAAUCAUCAUCCUCUGUCUUCUCAGUUUGCAGGGUACUGACGAUAUACAACUCGAUAGUGUGAUGUACUUUCAUUAUGAUCACCAAAGUAAUUUUUAUACCACGAAUACUACUUCUGAAACUACUUUGCGACCAAAAUCAACCAGCAUCGACCAGCAUCAACCUUGCGCUGCUGUGCGGUGCUAACCACUGCAACGACACUCAAGCUAAUGGGAAAAGCACCAAUUUUUCGGACAAGUUCAAUAUAUCCACCUAUAUAAUCAACCAUCGUUGAUAUGUGGUCCGCUCAGUUCUCUUCAGGCAUCUGAAGUUUUUGUACAAAUUGAAUUCUUACGAUUCCUUUACUUUCUACCCUUACUACCACCACAAACAAAUACGAAUUACGCCACUUUUAUAGAGGAUGCUAUUUGCUAUCUUAAAGUGGUUAAUUCAUCUAUAAAGUGGCAGUGCCCCUUGAUACUGCAUUUGGUGCCUUCACUCAUCUAUUUCAUAUCUUGAGCAUGCUCAGACCCCACAUCUUGUUCGGACAGUCAGGCGGUAGUUUAGAAUGACGAUGAAAUUCCAUCGUGUUGUCCGUGGGCUUUGAAAGUUGCCCGGAGUGGACGAACGAACGCCCUGCACACUUCCAUCUCAGAAAAC